UGGGGGCUGCACUGAACCUCACACACAUGCACACACACAUACGCUCAUGCACAUACAACGGCACACUGCAUUCAGACAUCCAGCAGAGCACAAAGCUCAAGAAAGGAUAUAAAGAGCAGCAAACAGGACAUACUCCGAUUGAAUGAGAUUUUGGAUGCCUUUCCCUGUGUACAGGGACUGCAGCUGUACCUCUCACUCUGACUGAAGCUUAUCAAGGUUAAACUGAGACUCGGCUCUGUUGACUGAUCCUGCUGCUUCUUUUAGCCAUGCGGCUGCUCUGCGGUCUGCUGGUGCUGCUGUUCUUGGGAAUCUGGGCAGCCGAGGCACGAAAGGGUGAAAAGGGGAAUGGACGUCGAAAGCGGGGUCGAGAUCGGAAAAAUUCUGUUAAGCGGCAGGCUGCAGAUUGCAAAGUAUUUACAGCUAACCAAGAGAAAUUCUUGGACUGUCAAGAAUGUCAACUGACAGCCGUAUUGUUGGGUUGGCCAGAGGAUAUUGAUCAUCUUCUGUUGGCAAAGAACAGGAUCAAGGUGCUGCGGGACAAUACCUUCAGUCAAUUCCGCAAACUGAGGAGUCUGGAUCUGCAGCAGAAUGAAAUAUUGCGCAUUGAGGAAGGAGCAUUCAACGGCUUGAGAAAACUCACCACUUUACUGUUGCAGCACAACCGUCUGCAGGUGGUGAGCGAAAGCAUGCUGAUUCCUAUGCCUCAACUCAAGUACCUGCGCCUCCACGACAACCCCUGGAGGUGCGACUGCCAGCUAGACAGUCUAGUAAGGUUCAUACAGGUACCCAGUAACCGCAACAUUGGCAAUUUUGCCAGGUGCGCAGAGCCUCUAUCAUUCUCUGGGAGGCAGCUUAAGAAUAUGGAUGCAGAGCUGCUAUGCACCCCUCAGCAGCAGAACGUAUCACAGCAACCUGACCAUCAGCCACUACCAGCUCCACAAAGGAAAUCUGACGCAACCACUCUGUGCCACUCCUAUAUGCACCCUGUACGCCUGGACUGCAGGAAUAAAGAACUUAAAGCUGUGCCAGUGGAUAUCACAGUUGAUAUUGUGAGAUUGGAUCUAUCCAGAAACAACAUCAAGCAGCUGAGACCUAAGGAGUUUGUAACCGUUAUAGACUUAAAAAUCCUGAACCUGAGCAGCAACAGUCUGGAACGCAUUGACACAGCUGCCUUUGCAGGCCUGUUGCAUUUGGGAGAGCUGGACCUUUCCAACAACAGUCUUCAAUAUUUCCAAUAUGGUGUUUUGGAAGAUCUAUACUUCCUGAAGAAACUGUCUCUGGGGGACAACCCCUGGAUCUGUGAUUACAACAUUCACUACUUGAUCUACUGGUUAAAGCACCACCGUGGAGUGUCCUACACAGGUCUGGUGUGCAGUGAACCAGAGGAGUUUCGGGGAUGGCAAGUGGAGAAUUAUGUGAAGACCUACAACGCAGACUGUCCUACCGACAUGACGCAUAACCAGUUACCUGGCACUGACACUGCGGGCACCACAGCUCAGGAACUCACUGCUGAGCUAGAAGCAGAGCUGGUUUCAGAUUUGGGGCCAAGACCUUACAGAGUACCAAAGAAAUUUGAGAUCAUCCGUCUAUCUUAAGGCGGAAAAUGUGAUACUGUAAUGCUGUUGGGAAUGCUGUCCUAUUUUAUCAUGAACAAAUCGUUUUCCCGGCAUAAUUCUUACUGUAUCAGAAAUGAAACAUUAAUAUACUGUUUUUGCAGAUUCUUUGAAUCCAAUCAGAAUUCAAGCAGUUGAUGUUUACGUUUUUCAUUCUGAAUUGUUUUAGGAGUAAUUUUGUAAAUUGAAUUAUGAUAAAUAAAAGUAGAGUUGAUUUUUUUUAUUCAUUGAUUGUUCAUGAAGGUAAGUGUGAGUUUAGUUUGAGCGGGAAGAUUUUUACCGAUGUCCAUCGCAAUAGUAAAAUGGUCUGCACUUAUAUAGCACCUUUUUAACCUUAACGGUAUUCAAAGAGCUUUACACUGUGACUCAUUCACACACACACAUUCAUACACACAUGCAAGAUGCUAGCCUGCCAUUGGCAGCAACUUGGGGUUCAUGUCUUGCCCAAGGACACUUCGGCAUGUGGAGUUGUGUGGGCCAGGAUUUGAACCACCAACCCUGCAAUUAGUGGCCAACCCGCUCUACCAACUGAGCCACAGCCGCCCACUAAGAUAUUUUUAAAACAUUUAUAUUUUCACACAAACACGUGUUUACACGAGUUUUAUAUGAACACAAACUUAAGCUACAUGGCUACAGAGCAGGUUUUUUUACAUAUUGUACCAGUAUGCAUGAUGCUGAGAAAAUCAGAAAAAAUUUGUUUGCAUAAGUGUUCAUAAGGUGUUUCUCACACUUUAAUGAUAAGUUUAUUGUGUGACGACUCUUUCCACCUGAACAAAUCCUACUAGUUACAAUUAUAUUAUAGGAUUUCACAUAUAGGUGGCAUGGGUUGCACUUCAUUAAAUUAUAUUAGGCUUUUAAAUUUAAAUAAAUGUAACUUCUUUUACAUUUUAUAUUAAUAUACAGAUUUUAAAGCUUUUAAAAUUAAUAAGCCUGUAUGUUCAUAUUGUGAAUUUAAAUAGUUUCAUUACACAUUUUAUUCAUAAAUUUUUUUCCAGAAGACUUGGCAGCAACUGUUUCUUCUUGUUGUGUAAACAUGUAAAGGUAUUAUAUUGUCAUUAGGAUCUCUUGAUCUUCAUAUCAAUCUCGGAGUUGACAGAGAGGGUUUAUAGUGAGCGUCUUGAGAUUACAUAAUCCGAUGUAAACCGGUUUGGCUCUGUCUGGUUUUGUCAACCUGAAACUUACUCUGAAACUCUACAUAUGAUCAACCAGCUUCAUGAAUAAGGCCUCUGACGUUUCAUCCAUUAACUAAAGCCAAAAAAUGCAAGUGCGCAACAAGGGCGAGACCACAUGAGGGCCAGACUGGCACUGGUCCAUCCAGAUACACGGAGAUCCCCCCAGUCAAAACUGCCGGAACUAACCCUAACCAUUUGCAAUUAAAAAGAAACUUAAUUUUGUCACAUGCAAUAUAGCUCACAUGCAAGAUAAUCAUAAUUUUCCUGUUAAAAAUAUUUUUUUUAUUUCAAAUAAGAAAGUCGCUCAUGAAUUGAGUCACUGUGUGUGUGGUCUGCCUAGCGCUAUACAGUCAUGCCUGUAAUCGGAUCCACUCAGCACCAAGAUAAUUUAUUCAAGUUUUGUCUAACGUAAUUUAUUUUUUAACAUGGGAGGGUGGUAUAUGUUUCUGUUGAUGACAUGAUAUUUCUGUGGUUUGGCAUGUGAUGGUACUUAACAUCCAACAUACAAAAAACAGCCACAUAAUAGGGUAACCGCAUCCUGUUUUUCCUGAACCUGUCCUCUUUUUCGGACUUCUGGCCGAGGGUCUGGCCAGGAUUUCUAAAUUGCCUUAAAUGUCUUGGAUUUGGUUUACUUUUCAUUUUGACAUGCUCUUUAGUGUCUAUAUCCAAUCUAUGUGUGCAUGUUUGCCAUUAAAAGCAGUUUAAGCCUAAAGCACAUCCCAUUAAAAGCCAUUUAAACCUAGCGCUUCUGUUUCAUAUAACAUCUUUACGCUGCCUCUCUCUUUGCGCACAUGCUGUGUGUGAGGAGCAAGAGAGCUUUCUAUCUCUCAACAUUUCUCUUAAUUUAUGUACGUUACUGAGCACUGUUUUUGCACCAUUUUCUUUGCAUGAAAUUCCUUUCUAAGAUGCCACUGUUCGAUAAGAACCUAAACUGAAAUGAGGCACGCUCAUGGUCAAGUACAGUGAUCGUGAGAAAAAUUAUACAAAACAGGCUGCUUUCCAUACAAAGUAUUAAUAUAACAAUUAUUUCAUUAUCAAUAGCAAAAUAAUGUAACAUUACUUUUAAAAGUAACAUUCUCAAAGUCUACAGGACAGCUUGUUAAAUAGAACAUAUGGUUAUUAUUUUACAUUUUUGCGACAUUGAGGUAGCUCCAAGAAGCCCAGAACAUCAGCCAAAGGAGAGAGUAUCAGCUUAAUUUAAGAUUCCAUCUUCUGGGAAGUAGCCAACAUCUGUGCACAGCAUGACUGAAAAGUGUCUAAUAAUUAUGUUUAUUGCAUCUUAUCUGUUAUAUUAAUUUAUUGUAUUUUUUUCUAUGGCCAUUAAAAUGUUUUAUCACAUCAUGACC